AACAAUUAUUCACAAAGUCUUUUGAUGAUCCCAUUGACCAGAAAAAGUUCGAAAGGAUGCGAACGAAAAAUAUUCCUAUUAAGCCACUGAAAGACCUUCUCAGUGAGGGCACUCUGACUGUCAACAUCAUUAGUCCGGUAUUGCGUUCCUUCUUACAUGAUGCUUCAAUACAUCCAGUCAUAUGGCCAAACACUGCCAGUAUGAGCGCAAAAGUCCGUAAACUUGCCAAUUUAGAUUCUUCACGAGCAAAGCAACCAGAUAUGAUCGGCAAUGUUGUAAAUAACAACAAAUCUAAAUACGAAAUGAUGUUUGGAGAGAUUACAGGAGAAGGAAAAAACAAUAACAUAAAGAAAAACAACAUGGAUCUUAUCAGACUAGGCAUUUUCAUGAAGGAUGCCCUUGAUAUUCUCAUUAAGAAGACAGGAAAGAAUCAUAUGACUUUCGCGUGGCAAACAAUUGUGACAGUAUGGACGGGCUAUAUCAUGGUUUUGACUGCUUCAGGACUCUAUAUUAUGUUCGAUAUUGGCGAGACUGAACUUCCCAAGUCCUUUCAAACCUGUGAACAAUUCAUUAAUGGCAUUGACAAUUUGUUCACAUUUGCUGAGAAAUAUGAGUAUGAAGUACAAAGAUUUCGUGACGAUAUUAGAAAAAAGAAAGAAGAUACACAUAGUUCUGCAGAAGUAACUAAUUGGUGUCGGACUACACUGGGAACACCACAGUUUAAGGAAUUAGUGAAAAAAUGA